UGUUGUUUUCGUGGACGUUUCAACUCGUGUAAUUUUUUCUGUGUCAGAGUACAACGGAGAAAAAACACAUCGGCAAAUAUGGGGAAGAAACUCAAAGUAGGAAAAUCCAGAAAGGAUAAAUUUUACCAUUUGGCGAAAGAAACAGGUUAUCGCUCUCGUUCCUCCUUCAAACUCAUCCAGCUCAACCGUAAAUUUCAGUUUCUACAGAAAGCCAGAGCUUUGGUCGACCUGUGUGCUGCUCCUGGUGGAUGGUUGCAGGUGGCGACCAAGUUUAUGCCUGUAUCGAGUCUUAUUAUUGGUGUUGACCUGGUGCCCAUCAGGCCCAUCCCCAAUGUGGUGGUGCUGCAAGAAGACAUCACCAGUGACAAAUGCAGACAUGCUUUACGGAAGGCACUGCAGACAUGGAAGGUCGAUGUUGUGCUAAAUGACGGAGCCCCAAAUGUGGGAGCCAACUGGCAAUAUGAUGCCUUCACUCAAUCUCAUUUGACCCUCAUGGCCAUGAAGUUGGCCGCUGAGUUUCUAAACAAAGGUGGCACUUUUGUCACUAAAGUCUUCCGCUCCAAAGACUAUCAGUCACUGCUCUGGAUCUUCCAGCAGUUCUUCAAGAAGGUGCAGGCCACCAAGCCGCAGGCUUCGAGGAACGAGUCGGCCGAGAUCUUUGUCGUCUGUCAGGGUUUUCUUGCCCCAGACAAAAUCGACAGUAGGUUUUUUGACCCCAAACAUGCGUUCAAAGAGGUGGAGGUGCAGGCCAAAACGGUGAAGGAGCUGAUUCCUGUCAAGAAACCAAAGGCGGAGGGAUACAAGGAUGGUGAUCUUAUACUCUACUACAGUUUCACAGCGAUGUCCUUUCUGAAAGCAGAAAAUGCCGUAGACUUCCUGGACAAAGCCAGUGAGAUCACCUUUGACAACACAGACCUAGAGUUUCACCCGGCCACCAGUAUUGAGAUACGGGAGUGUUGUCGUGACAUCAAAGUCUUGGGCCGCAAAGAACUCCGCCUGCUUCUGACAUGGAGGUCCAAGUUGAGGAGGUUCCUGGCCAAAAAACUGAAGGGGGAGAACAAACCACUUGACUCGGAGAUCAACUUGAGUUCAGAUGAAGAAAAAGGGGAUUUUGAGGAUGAACCAGAAAAAAAGAAAAAGAAGGAAGGCGAAGAAGAAGAAGAGGAAGAUGAGGAGAAAGAAAUGGAAAAUAAACUUGCAGAACUGAAAGCUGAGGAGGUAUCGGAGCUCAAACGGAAGAAGAAGAAGCUUCUGAAGGAGCGGAGGAAGCAGAGGGAGAGGGUGGAGCUGAAGAUGGACCUGCCUGGCGUCUCCAUCGCCGAUUCCUACGACUCUUCCAUGUUCUCACUCAGCGCUAUAAAGAAGAAACAGGCCCUGGUUGAUUUAUCCAAAGGAGACAUGCAGAUGGCAGAAAACCUGGCAGAAGAAGAUGACGACUUCCACUUGUCUGAUGAUGAUGAGGCGGAUAAAAUGUCCCUGGCAUCUGAUUUAGAUGAUGAUGACCUGGAUGAGGUUGAACAAUUACAGCAAGAGCUGGAGAUGAAGGCACCAAAGAAAAAAGUGAAGUUUGCCAAAGAAGAGGAGGAAGAUGAAGUGCAGGAUAGUGGCCUGCUGGUGGAACUAGAGGGAAAGGAUGAGAAGAAGGAACGAGAGACCAACCUGUGGUUCAGCAAGGGCAUAUUCUCUGAGAUCGGCCUGGAAGGAGAUGCAGAGCUUGAACUCCAACAGACCGAGUUUCUUCAGAACAAACAAGCCAGUAAAAAGAGGAAAGUUGAAAAGAAGGAGGAGAAAGGGGAUGAAAAAAAGGAUAUUCUGCAAGAGGAGGAAAAAGUGGGACCUUUAAAGGAAGCUAUGGGUGAAAGUGACAGCGACUCAGAUGACGACACCGAUGAUGAGAAGGAGAUUACCAAGAUGAAGCAGGUCACUAAAGGGGCUGGUGGGAUGUCGGAAGAGGCCAAGGACAGUGGCUUCCAGGUUGUUCCAGUAGAAAGCACCAGUAAGAAAGCCAGGAUCCUGGAUGCAGAGGGCCUGGCCCUUGGCUGUCUGAUUGCUACAUCUAAGAAGAGAGCCAGGGACCUGAUGGAUGGCUCCUUCCACAGGUUUGCUAUCUCCGAGCAGCAGUGGGAGGUACCGGAGUGGUUUCUGGAUGAUGAACGGAAACACCGGAAGAAGCCGGUGCCGGUCACCAAGGAGAUGGUGGAGGAGUACAAACAAAAAUGGAAGGAGAUCGAUGCCAGACCCAUCAAACGAGUGGCUGAAGCUAAGGCCAGGAAGAAGAGGAGGAUGCUGAAGAAGCUGGAUCAGGCCAAGAAGAAAGCGGAAGCAGUUGUCGACACAGUGGACAUCUCUGAGAAGGAGAAAAUGUCUCAGCUUAAGAGUAUCUACAAGAAAGCCGGCCUGGGCAAGGAGAAGAAAGAAGUGACCUAUCUUGUGUCCAAGAAGGGGGGAGCUGGUAAGAAAGUGAGGCGGCCCGCCGGCGUUAAGGGAGCCUUCAAAGUGGUGGACGGUCGCAUGAAGAAGGACAUGCGGGGGAUGCAGAGGAAAGAGCAAAAAUCUAGAGGCGGCAAAGGAAGAGGACAGGCAAAGGGUGGCAGGGGCGGGAUGAAGGGUGGUAAAGGGCGAAAAGGAAAAUAAAUGUAAACCUGUAGUGCUCUUGUCUUGCCUUUCUAACUAUUAAACAUAGCCUGGUCUCGUGUUGCAAAUCAGCUUUUAUGGAGCUUUGUGAGCUAAGGCGCCUCCCACAGGCUCACCAGUCAUGUACGAAGGCGAAAAUGACUUGUGUUCGUUCUCUCGAUGCCCUCUUUUUUGCAGCCUUUGUGGAGGUUUCUGAAACUCCUUGAUGUGUUUUGUGGUAUUUUAAAGGCUGUCUUUCUGAAGAUGUAAAUCAUUUGUCUUAUACUCUGUGAACAAAGUGAUUUCACUGAAUAUCCUAAAUGUAAAUGAAACUAAAGUAAAACAGAGUAAAGGGGUUAAGAAAUGUUGCUAUUAAUGUAAAUAUGCCAGACACAUUUUUGCAAUAAAUAAAUCUUCGAUUCA